GUUCGUCAACUCGACACGUCUUAAUCAGUAACACUCAGCCUGUUAGCGAGACUCGAUCGUGAUUAAUCUCAGUGCUGCCUUUGCCGGUGAAUUGCCGACACAGUUCAACAUGUUAACAACGGACGAGGAUAUUUUCGAGCUGAAAAUCCCCGGGAGGUUCGGGGAUGAUGACUUGACCAGCGUCGAAUUCAACAUUUCGACCGUUUUCCUGCCUUCUUCAGGCGACAGUUCCAAAGCCACCGGGGUGACUGACCCGGAGUAUGAACAAUUCUUGGCGGACGUUUGGGUGGGUAUCGUUCUCACCCUCAUGGUGCUCAGCUGUGUGUGUUUUAUGUGUUCGUGUCUCAUCUACCACAAGUUCCAGCAGUGGAAGACCAGAGUUAUGGAAGCGAGAAACGCUGCUAAUUUAGAAUCGACAGUCACCGAAUCGGAACUGCCUAGCUACACCACAGCUUCCGGUCUUCCCACGUACGAGGAGGCCUUGGAACAGCUGAAGAAGGUCAAAGACUUCACCACGUACACUGCCAAGCGGAUGGACUCCAGCGAUUGGACGCCGCAUACGCCGCCGACGCCAGCGACACCCGCGACUUUGUCCGUCGCCAAUCUGUUCGCGGCCUACAAGGGUAGUGCGAAUGACAGGGGUAGUUCGGUGAAGAACUCGAUGAUAGUUUGAUUGGUGUUAGGUGAUGAUAGCAAGGUCUACGCCUUGCCUUGGACGUUGUGAUCGAACCCUUGGAUGGGUUGACUGACGACAGAGGUGAAGAAGAAGAAGAAUCGAUUGUUGGCAGCGAUGGACUGCCUUGGAAGUACUGGAGAUGGUUCCUCACGUGGUGUUCCAUAUGUAUUUACUCCGUGGUUAAGAAACCUCCCGAAAAAAUGAUAGACGUGACACGAAGAACUCGCUAAUCCUUUUGAUUUGUCGCAUAUGGACUGCUUCAGCAGCAGGAAGUAAUGGAGGUAGUUGGCGCCUUUUAUCUGUUGAAAAAUCCUACCAAGGAAAAUUCUUACAUUAUGAUUUCCUGAAAUAACACGAAUAUCUCAUUGAUCAUGCUCAUUUAUCGCAAUGCCUUGAACCAUGUGGACUGCUGAAUCCUUGGUAGGUUCCUGGAAGUAUCAAAGCUUGUUUCUCACGAAAUCAUCAAUAGGUGUUCAGUUUCUGUUGAAAUAACGUACCGAGGAAGGUUCAGUUGCAUUUUGGGAAAGCUAGAGCUGAUUCCUCAUGUAGUGACUCUCAUAUGUUGACGUUCUGGCGAAAAAAUGCCCCAACGAAGAUGCUUCUGUGAGUAUUAGAAGAUGUGACACCAACUAUUAACUUUGCUGAUUUGUCGCAGAGCGUGAAAUCAGAUGGACUGCUGACGCACUGGAAGUAUGUAAACCCUUCCAUCAUUCUAAUCCACGUUGGAAAAUCAUAUCAAAGAAGAUGUGUUUGGAGGAACUGCCAUAUGUCACCAAAGAAUCAACUAAACUCACAGGUUUGUUAUUGUGUCGUUAACCAAGUGUGCUAUAGAAGCCCUGAAGGGUUCCUGAAAGGACUGAAACUUGUUCAAUGGAAACAAAACACAAGAAGGGCGAUUCCUGAGAAAAUCAAUCAUCUAGGGAUGGAUGAUUAGAGAUGGGUUUCUUUUACAGAUAAAGGUUUUCAAUUGACCAAAUUGAGUUGAUCAUACUAAUGAAUGUGUUUCAUGGACUUCAUGGAAUAUUUUCUUAUUGAAUUUGUAUCAUAGUACCGGUUUUUGGCCGAAGAUGGGGUACAGAUACUCUCCAAUAUUUGGAUAAAGGAUGUAAAAAGUGAGCAGCUUUGUCACAGCAUAAUCAAUUUCGAAAAUACCCAUGAACAUAGUCGAAAUUGUAAAAAAAUAUUCUUCAACGCCACAUUGAUGUCAUUUUGACUUCAUCUGAGGUUAAAUUAAUUUUGUUUCAUUAUAGUUUGCACUGGAACUGUAAUUAGGCAUGUUAAGGAAUGAUUCAGAAGAUAUUUUGAUUGAAAAAAUCUGGGAAAUUGCUAAAAAUUAAAUACUCAUAAUUCAAGUAAAUAUGAUGUCACAAAGUCCGUUCAUUUAGGUAAUUAGAGAUAUUUUUGCGAUAUGACGAAAUCGAUGAAAGCAAAUGUGAUAUUCAUGUAAAACAUUUGAAUUCAAAAUGCGUGGCCAAAUAUUGUUUUUCGAACUUUUUUCCGCAAGUUGAAGUGAGUGUUUAUUUCUUUGUACUUAGUCUUCAAUAAUGGUGCUUUUUUUAAACAUUCGACCUAGUUAACACUUUGUUUUAUACAUUCAUGGUUCGAUAAGUUCGAGAAGAUAACAGAACAAUAUAAUCCAAUUCAAAAUAGCUGUUAUUCCAAAUGACAUGUUGAUGAAUCUGUAAAUUUUCCGCAUGUUAUAACAAUUACAUUAUCAAUUUAAAUUGGCGUCAGUACUAAUAUGCCUCGAUUCAUUGAAAACAUUUCUAAAUGAGACGUGUGUAGUAAAAUCCAUUGUCGUAAAUCUGGAGAAUCCCUCAAUUUUGUUUGAAGCUCGUGACAACGAUAUAUUCUGUAUUUUAAGCAACCUCGAGUUUGUGCUAUUUCAUCGAUAAUAUUCAUAGACCCGGUUGAACACCAUUCUUCAAAACAACAAGAAUUUAAAUAAAAUUUACAUUCCACUAUAUAGUGGACACGUUUAUACCUACUGAAGAAAUUAUUUCUUUCCAUAAUUCGUGUCAAAUGUUUGGAAUAAAGUUUUCAUUUUUUACAAUGUCGAUGGAUGGCCACAUAUUAUCAAACUUGUAACCGUUUAUUUGACUUCAUCAUUUGAAUCAUCUUCGAAUAUAAGAGAAAGCUCGUGCAACUCCUAACUAUAAGAGGUUGGUUCUGUCUCGACGAAUAUGUAAAUAAAACAAUUAAAUAAUCGAAUGUGAUUGAUAUCACGUAGGCUAAAACAGUCAAAAGAUGUUGCAAGUGUUUUAUAACUUUCUUUCAACAUUAUAAUUAGUUACUGUAAAAUAAUCGAUGCCUUCGGAACAUUUUUCAUUGGGGAAACAAUCAACUCCGGAGAUUUUGCGAGACAUACCGAAAUCAAAGAUUGCUUGAGGCGGAAUUGAUUGUGAAAUAUAUAUUAUCUUGUACACGAAUAUCGGAAAUAUUGUUUAUCGAAGAUUUUGAAACUCUUAUACUAUCAGUCUUGACGAACACGAAAAGUAUACUUUAGAGAUAGUAUAUCGAUAAUGAAAUGAACUUCUCCGUUGCAGACUAAUCAGUAACUUUUAAUGAAUGUAUAGUUACGAGAUUUGCAUAAUAUUUGUCAGUAGUAUUUUUCAAAAUCGAGUGAAAUGGCAGCACUGUAAAACUUAUUCAUUUCGCAUCAUUACAUUUUCUUCUUCUUAAUUUAUUCUUGUUGUUCUGACGUGCGUGAGACAUUGCCAACUUGUGUUUGAGGUCGAUUUGAUGGUUAGUUCCAAAAUCACGGAACAAAUACUUUAUAGCUAAAAUUUUGUUGAAGAGAUAUUUGUAUAAGUAGUUAUUGAAUGUUUAAAUAUGUCGUAUAUGCAUUCAUGAACUUUUUCUGCACUACAAAAAUCAUUUACAUUUUGGAGCGUGGUUUGAAAGAGUGGGUAAGACAGAAAAAUUUAGUAGUUAGUUUCUAAUGAAUGAAACAUUUCCUUAGAGAGGAACUAACGAAUAAUAUCGGUUUCAUCAUUUCUUUUCCGGAAAGUGUAAAGGUCUUUUAUUUUAUGGUGAGGAUGUCAUGAUGUUUUCCUGGAAUUUCAAAUGAUCUUCAGUGUAAGAAUCAUCAACAUGGGAAAUCAACAUAUAAUCUGAAAUUGGUUCUGAAUGCCCUGGUAUGAUAUAAUUCACUGAAUAUCUUUCAAUUCGAGAGAAACAAAUAUUUAAUCUUGACCUUACGAUAAUCCUAAACAUGUUUUUUAUUCAGUAACUAUUUGUUUCAAUAUGCGGUCCUUGAGAAGUAUCAUUAAUGUAUUCAUGCAAAUCACAUUAGACUGUCGCAGAUAAUAAUGAUUAAUAUGUGAAGUAAUGUAAUGAAACACAAUUCACGUCUUUUUUUUUUUGUUGAAGCCUGCUAAUUUUCGUACAUCUGACUUUUAUCUAUUUAUUGAUUCGACUAGAAUAUUCUAUUGAUGAUAACCUGAAUUUAAUAUGAACUGAAAACAUAUUUUAUAUAAAGUCAUUUGAGAACAUUUCCUACAAUGUGAUAAUUAGUAUGGUCAACUCAAUAUUUAUUUUUGGGCUGUUGAACAAGAUUUUUCCAUUAAGUGUGUAGACGAUAAGUGUAUAUAAAACGUUGAUUUGAAUUAUCAACGUGUGAGUGCGAAUCAUUUCUAUUCACAAAAACAUGUUUGGAAGUGACAAUAUUUAAUUUAGGCAAAUACUUAAAAAGGCUGUGUUAGAAUAAGUGGUGUAAGAUUAUGUAUAAUGUGAUCGCUUUGGGUAACAAUAAAUCUUUCUUCAUCAUAACCUUCAGCAAUGUUCAAAAGCACUGAUAUUAUACCGUCACUUUCAUCAUAUUCCACUUUCAUAUUCAAGCUUCAAUAUUAAUCAAGUGCGUUAGUCACGAUUUCGGAAUUGAACCAUCUUUUAAAAUUGCUAAGGUUUUAAAUAUCGAACCAUGACAAAAGGGUGGUUCAACACAUAUAACUCAAUUUAAGCCCACUGGGUAGUGAAUUUAGCUAUCGGAGUAGAAUUUGCAAUCACUAAGUGGCGAAGUUUUGAAAAACUGGCUACAGCCAACAGCACAGAUGAUUUUAAAUAUCGUUACCUCCAUUUUCAGCCUCCAUCGUAUCAGUAUUGAAUCUUGAGGAUAUACUAGUUUUUCAAGGUUCAAAACUUCCAAUCUGCGUUCUACUGAUCUAUGUUCGAAAAGAUAAGUCACUGAAGCUUUGACAUUUGACGUACUUGUCAUAACCUUGUCUUUGAAAAAGAAUCAGAGCAAAUUGCCAACAAAUCUCCAGAAUUGUUUCUGCUUUUAUGAAGUUCAACAAACCCUGUUGGAUUUUGUUGAUCUUCAAACUCAAAACUGGCCACAGAGGGCUCACUAAUUUCAAUAUAAUUUUUCGAGGUUUGAUAGCAUUUCUAUCAAUCUUUGAGUCACACCUGUCAUAAUUGAUGAAACUUCAAAGCUGUGAAUUCUGUGCUCAAGACUCAACGAAUCAGUUUCAUUAACGAGCUUGUCAAGCUUUGAAUGUCAAAGCAAAUUACUGUUGCUACUCAAGCCCUUAAAUCACAAUAAGGUUAAGUCAUGGCAGUGUUACCAUUGGUAUUAUAUUUGCUCUCAUCAUGAGAAGCAGUACAGAAUAAGUAGGUUGGCAAAGCUGUCAUAUCUUCAUGGCAGUAUUGAUUAUUCGUUCUGCCAUUUUUUUCAAUGGAGCGAAAUUUGAACAACUUUCAAAAAUAUGUUGCAUUCCUGCUGCACAUUGCUUUACUGCUGGCAGUACUUCAAUCAGUUCAAUCCCUCUUGACUACUGCACGUCACUUCAUAAACGACUUCAGUGGUGAAUAAAUUGAAUUUUGUAACCAAGGAAUAGAGGCUUAUUUUACCCAAAGUGGCAGGUAGUUGAAUUGUAUUCUUUAUGAGCUAAACAAAUUGGGAGGAAUGCCAAAUGAAUACUGCUAAGAAGUUAUUUCUUAUUGCAUAAUACUGGGGUCAUAAAAGUUCAUGAAAUGUAAAUAAUCUUUGUUGUGAGUUUGGUUCUUUGUUCGGUCUUGUGAAGCUCAAGAAAAAACUGCUUUAGUUCCAUAGAGAUGGACACAUUUAUUAAUAUCCAACAAAGUGUCAAUUACUGUCAACAUUAUACGAUAUGUUAUUGAGUAAAUCCGUGAACGACGAAGAGUCAUGUGAUUUUUCUGCCCAAUUUAUUGUUCUAUAAAUUUUCCAAUAUGAAAACGACUCUUCCUGUUUGUUAGAAGGAACAAGUGAUAAUUAAAUUUAAGUCUGAUGACGCUCGAAGUCAACUAAUCAUUAUUUCAGAUGAUUUUGUAAAUAUUUGUUAUUUAUGUGGUAGCGAUAAUAUCAUUAAAAUAACGUUUAUUAUAA